AAUAAAUUUAAUAUAAAUUAUUUCUAGCAUGAAACGUUCCCAGAGCCAGCCUGAGAUCAGCAAGUACAGGUACCUUGAGGUCGGCAGGACCAUGAUUGGCAUCCUGAAUAAGAACUGACCAAAUGACCAAACAGAAGUAUCUGGACAGUAUGAUUAUAAGAAAACUUUUAAUAAUUUCAUGACUAAUUAUAAAUAAGACUAUGAAAGAUAUUAAGACAACACUUUGUGACCAGAACAAGUCUAAAAUUCGGGCAAAAAGAAGACUUUCAAACGCAACAGUUAGUGUUGAAAACCCUGAGGGUUUUGACUCUCUUAACGAAUCGACUGAGUUUGAAAAGAGAUGGAAUCGGUCAAAGCAUCAUUUAAUUAAGCUUUCAAUGAUUGAUAAAUAAAAGCAAAUCAAGAGAAAAACUUAUCCAGAUUGCCCUGAAGCAAAAGGAUGUCCAAAUGCUAUUGAAUAUGAAGAGUAAAGUUGAAGACGAGGAAAUUGAAAGCGAUCGAAUUCUUGAGGAAGAUUUUGAUAUUGACAGAUAUUUGAAAUAAAGUCGUUAAGAAGUUCAAAAAUAAAGCAAGGAAAAAUAGAAACAAGCAACAGCAAAGUAUUCCUAAAUUAAGGAAAAGCUCCUCGAUGCCGGCUAAUGUUGAAAAUCGCGAACAUGUUAACAAUGAAGAGAAUGAUAAACUGUUCUUUUUCUUAAAGCAAAAACAUAGUUUGCAGGAUCUUUGAAAUAGUUUUUACAUAAAAUUUAGAGACAUAAGAAAAUAAAUUUAAAGGACAUGAUAUAUCGCAGAAUCAAGGAUUGAUGCAGUUAUUUGAAUUUAUUUUUACUCUUCCAGAGGUAAAGCAAGAUAAUAUCCAGGAUAUCAAUCAAGAUCAGAAAAAUGGUGCCGAAGAUAUUGCAAUCAUGAAGGAAAAUGUGCUUAAAGAUCGAUAUCUGAGGGUUAAAUGCUUCUUAGAAAUCUUAAAUGAUCCUCAAAUUACUCAAAAUCAACCCAAAAGUGGACUAUUUUUGAACAAAAUAUCUCCUUGGUUCCCAAUAUUUCCUCAGGAUAUAGUAAAACUGAUAGAAGGGUCACGAAAGCACACGAAGGAGGAAAAGAAAGAGCUUGUUAAGCUUUGUAGGCUAUAUAACAACAACAAAAUCGAUAAAAUAUCUAUUAUUCCAGAAUCUGAUACUAAGAAAAAGACCAGGAUCUACUUAGCUCAUUUGAUUAAAGAGUUGGGCAAAAGGCAUUUGUAUACUAAAACAAAGCCCAGCUUGAGAGAGCUCAAAGUUAUAUGAGAAAACAUCGCUAAAAAGAGCUUAGAGAGAACUCUGGAGAAAAAGAAAGUCAAAGUUAUGAAGAAAAAAUUAUAAAUAAAGGAAGAUUGAAUAGAAGGAGAAAUUUGAUAGUCAGAGCUCCAAGUCAACAAAUGGUAGAUUUGGCCACACCUAUCUCAGGUGGAAAUAUUCAGCAAAAUAAGUCAAGGUCGAGGAGAACUGCUAUUCAAGGAAAUUUAGGGCUAUCAGCUGAGUUCUUGGAGCAAAGUAAAGCCCAACAUAGAUUGAUGAUGAGAAACAAAGAUCCAGAUAUCUCAUCAUCUAGUUCUGGGUCUGAUACUCCAAAACCUAAGGUAAUGAAGCAUGCUCAUCCAAAUUUGACUACUUCAAAAUUGAAGGAAGCUUACCGUGAUGGACAUGUACAAGAAGUGAAUCGCAUUAUGAUGACCGAUUGGAAUAAGAAUAUUCAUAGUUGUCUUGACUUGCAUCCUAGUGCAUUAUAAUUUAGUUUCAA